AUGCCUCUUGGAUUGAAAGUUCCGAAAAUUGGGUCGGCUAGCAGCUCUACCGUGUCUUCCACCGCCACAUCGGCCCCAGUUUCCAGCAACACCGACGAUAUCGAUGAGGUUGAUGACCAGGGUCAAUCCAUCUUGAUGGGAAUCAUCUCGCAAUUGAGACCAGGAAUGGACUUAUCGAGAAUCACUUUCCCAACCUUCAUUCUCGAAAGAAAGUCGAUGUUGGAAAGAAUCACAAACCAAUUGCAGCAACCAGAUAUUGUUUUAGAAGCCCACGCCACAGCAGACCCGGUGCAAAGAUUCUUACUUGUGGUCAAGUGGUACUUGUCUGGCUGGCACAUUGCUCCGAAAGCCGUGAAAAAGCCAUUGAACCCGGUGCUUGGUGAACAUUUCACCGCCUAUUGGGAUUUACCUAAUGGCCAAAAAGCGUUUUACAUUUCUGAGCAAACUUGUCAUCACCCUCCAAAAUCGUCUUAUUUCUACAUGAUCCCAGAAUCUCACAUCAGAGUCGAUGGUACUGCCAUUCCUAAGUCAAGGUUCUUGGGUAAUUCGACAGCUGCCAUCAUGGAUGGGGUCUCAAUUCUUAAAUUCUUAGACAUCAAAGACUCCGAAGGAGCCCCAGAAACAUAUACUUUAACUCAGCCAAAUAUGUACGCCAGAGGGAUUCUAUUUGGGAAAUUAAAGCUCGAGAUGGGUGAUCAUAUGAUUGUCACUUGCCCAGUCACAGGCAUGUCCGCCGAUAUUGAAUUCAUCACCAAAGGUUUUAUAUCUGGUACUUAUGACGCCAUAAAGGGUACAGUAAAGAAAGAUAAUGAGGCAUUAUACGAAAUUUCUGGUAAAUGGAAUGAAAAGAUGCACAUAAAGGACUUGAAGACCAAGAAGACUAGCUUAUUUUUAGAUACCACGGUUGCCGUUCCUUUAGCUCCUAAGGUCCGCCCAAUGGAAGAACAAGGAGAUUUUGAAUCAAGAAAACUUUGGCACAAGGUGGUUACUGCUUUGGGUGAACGUGAUCAUGAAGCAGCAACUGAUGAGAAAUUCAAGAUUGAAAAUUAUCAACGAGAAUUAGCUAAGAAAAGAGUGGAAGAUGACGUGGAGUUCCACCCUAAAUUGUUUAAGACCGUGUCAAACUAUGAUCCUUCAGAUAAAAAUCAAGUGGAGUUUGUCAUUUAUAAGAAUAUUUCUGAAGAUGCCGAUCCUCAGACCCAAAUUAAUGAGAUCUUAUCCAUUGCUCCAAUUUUGCCAGGUCAAGAGUUUACCGAAGAAUUCAACAUCCCUGCUUAUGAAAAGCAUAAAAGCGAAACUACUGCUACUGCCACAACGAGCGCUGCUGAUCCGGUACCUUCUCCAACUGUGUAA